CAAAACAAACCCAAGAGAGAGCUGUAUAACAGCGUGUGGACUCCAUUGAAAAGAGGGCCUUAUUAUCUCCAACAGGGGAACAUACACGAGGUCCUACACGAAGCGAGACGUGUGCGUGGGCGUCCUAAAAACCUGAAGCAAACAGAGAACCACACCAGACCACAACAGACCAGACCAGGUUGAGCCCAAAUACUGACACCCCCCUUCUCCCCUCCCCCCUCAGCCUUGAAGGCUGAAUCCACCAGAUUGUUUCAUUUAGCAAUAAUUUCUUGUGCUGAUCGGACAACCUCAGGCCACUGGGACUGGACAGGAGGCCCAGAGGUUUCCCCCGCUGGAGCUCUAAGCUGUGCCUGGCAAUGCCUCAGCCCAGCGUCAGUGGGAUGGAGCCUCCCUUUGGGGACGCCUUUCAGAACUACUCGUUUGCUGACCAGGCCCUGACCAGCACUGAGCUGCUCGCCACCAGCUCUGACCCAGAUUUCAUGUACGAACUGGACAGAGACAUAACCCACCGGCAGAGCCCCUGUGGGGACAGCGUGGUGGGUGCUGGGGACGGAGGCAAGGAGGUGGAGGGUGGUGUGGAUCAGUUCAUGGGUCUUGGCGAGUGUGAGACAGUCUACAGCAGCUCAGCGUUUGAACAGUGGGACUCCUACUGGGAAGACCUCACCAGAUACACACGGCUGGCCAGCUGUGACAUCUGGGGCACCAAAGAGGUGGAUUUCCUUGGAUUAGAUGACUUCUCUAGUCCCUACCAGGAUGAGGAAGUGAUUGGUCGAACCCCAACGCUGGCUCAGCUUAAUAGCGAGGAUUCGCAGCCUGUGUGUGAGGCCCUCUACCCCCCUACUGACCUGACCCUGCCUGCCCCUCAGCCUCAGCCGUCCCAGCUUCCCAGUCACAGUAAGAGACCUCUGGUCCCUGGCCAAGGAUUUGGCCCCGGCUCCGCACGUCCCUCCCCGAGCUCCACAUCCUCUUCCCGUCCUUCCCGCAGCCUUCUCCCAGACUUUCCUGAAAGCUCCCAAAAAGCCACCAGACCUGUCCCCUCCAGCACUGAGACUAUGGCCAAGACCCAGAACCUCAUCAGUCUCACCCAGGACCACGGCCAAGCUCACACCAAGCACCAGGGGCGCGGAACCAAGAUGGCAGCCCCAACUUCUCACGGCACUGACUUUGUGCAGAAGGCUAAAGUCCGUGUGAGUGCUGUGCCUAAAGCUCAGACCGACAUGCCCUCCCAGACAGAUUUCGAGAGGUCAGAUGCACCUCUACCUCUUUCCCAGCCCCAAGAUGAGAAGGCCUGCACCUCAGCGAGCGCCACCUUGGUAGGAAUUCCAGUUGCUGCAGCCAGUGGCUCUGCCAGUCUGACGAGCUAUGAGAGGAGGGCAGAGGGGGCAGGUAGGAGGGAGAUACCUGUAGGCUGGUCCGCCACCAUGCCUCAACUGGUCGAGGCGAGCCAGGCCCUGGAGAGUAGUACCUCUGGGCUGGUCAGCAGCGGCGAUAGUAUGGCGGGAGCUAGCGGCAGUGGUGGAGUUCUGGUUGUCGAGGGGACGGAGAAGAGCAAGGAGGAGGAGCACAACUACUCUCUGUUCCUGACCCGCAGGCUGGCGGGCAGAUCCCACUCCCAGCUGGAAGAGGACGAGGAGGAGGAGGAUGAGGAAGAGGUGGAGGAGGAGGAAGGCGAUGGGCUCGAGCUGGAUGACGAAGACCACGAUGAGGGUUUUGGCAGCGAGCAUGAACUGUCUGAAAAUGAGGAGGAGGAGGAUGAGGAGGAGGACGAAGACUACGAAGCUGACAAGGACGACGACAUGAGUGAUGCCUUCUCCGAGCCAGGCUGUGACAUGGAGCUGAUGGAGGACAUUAAAGGCCUGACAGCAGGAGUCUCCAGCCGGAAGAGAAGCAGGCGUCGCUACUUCUGGGAGUACAGCGAGCAGCUCACCCCCUCCAAACAGGAGCGUAUGCUGAAGCCGUCUGAGUGGGACAGACACACGCUGCCUAGCAACCUCUACCAGAAGAACGGGCCUCUCCAUGGAAAGUAUAUGCUGAAGAAGUCUCGGCGCACAGACGUGGAGGACCUGACACCCAACCCACGCAAGCUGCUGCAGAUCGGCACAGAGCUACGCAAACUGAACAAGGUGAUCAGUGACUUGACCCCCGUCAGUGAGCUGCCGCUGACUGCACGACCGCGGUCACGCAAGGAGAAGAAUAAGCUGGCAUCCAGAGCUUGUCGUUUAAAAAAGAAGGCCCAGUAUGAAGCAAACAAGGUGAAGCUCUGGGGACUCAGCACAGAAUACGAUCGGCUGCUGUUUGUUAUCAAUGCCAUCAAGGAGGAGAUAGUGGCCCGAGUGGAGGACUCCUCUCCGCGUCCGACCAACAUGGCCGACACUCUGGAGCAUCUCAUCAAAGAGACACUCGUGGCAUCACCUGUUGCUGGGCAGACUUCAGACUUCGUCAACAAGAUCUUGGAGAACACAGGACGUGGCGAUCCCACCGGCGGACUGGUCGGCCUGCGUGUCCCCACCUCCAAAAUCUAGACAAACCGUGGUCCACUGAGAGAAGUGGACUAGAUAUUACCACCGUGCUGUCCUAUUGUAACUAUGCUCCCCUCUGCAUGCCCCUCCAACCCAGAGUACAUACACAUUGUUAGUCACACAAACACACAUACCACUCCCUGUGUGUAUGUAUGUGUGCUUGUUUUAGCCAUGCACCUGUAUGGCGUACACCCUAGCUUACUGUCUCUGCACGCUGUGCGCAGAGUCAGUGCGUCACUGUCUCCCAACCCAUUGUGAGCGUCUGUUGGGAAAAGCGCCUCUUAAAGCAAGGGAUGGUUAGGUGUAUAGCUAAUAGCACGUCCUAAAUCCACUGGUGAUUAUUAGAUGUGUUUAACAUAGUGUUGUGUAGGGUCGGUUCAGACAGAGGUCUGCUUCCAGGGCUGACAUGGAGACAGUCACACGAGUGUAACCACUGGAAAACUUUCACAUAAUUUGCUGAGGUUGUAAUGACAGAGGAAGAAUUGUUACACAUCAGACACCAUCAAAGGUUGGAAAAAGUUCCAGUUAUCAUUUCCUAUAGGAGGCUUGCCUCACAUGGCAACAAACUAAACUCCAAGCUCUUACAAUUGACCCACUCAGUAAAGUACUAUAAUAGCUUUGGUUGCCAAGACAGCUGCAGAGGAAAAAAAAAAGCAGCGUUCUCUGAGGCGUUAUGGGGUGGCAGGAAAUAUUUUGUAUUGAAGGCCUAAAUAUGUUCAUGCCAUCCCCUGUUUGCCAAUCAGGUCUGCUGUUGUUAAAAUGUAGGAGUUAGCAAAAAAAGCUCAAAACAAAAAAGCAGAUAAAGUUAAAAAUACACUUAAAUGAUUAAGCGUCAGACAUCCUGCUGGGUGGAGGUUUGCGGCAGGCAGGAGGAAGCUUAUCGGCUAAUUUUGACGACGUUAACUUAAACAACAUGAGGUAGCUGACCAUGUGGAGAGGAAGUGCAUGUCGUUUGGUGCUUUUCAGCCUUGUGCUGGUUAUAACUGGACUGGGUGAAACAGGCUUUUUGCCAGAACGGGAGCAGACUGUGAGGACAAUGAUGAUGGUGGUGAUGAAGAAGAAGACAUAGACAGUGAUCCAUCUCCUCUAGGAAACUGUACAUAGAAGUGUCUCCCAGUGAAAAACGGCACCGGCUCCCCUUUUUGUACAGUAGAGAAGACCAGGCUAACAGUUUGGUGUGUUCAUACUAGUGUUUGAUCAGAGUUCUAUUCAUUGUGCCUUGUGUAUGUAUGUGUGUGUUUCUGUAAGUCUGAGUGAGUGUGUGAGAGGGACUGAACGAGAGAAGGUAAUUGGUCAGAGCUCCCUGAGGUCCAGCCAAGGAGAGGACUACUUUACACUGAGGGAGUUUGUUAGUGCGAGGAUGGAGACAUUUGUGGGGUUCGCUGUGUAUUUCAGUUGUCUAAAGAUAUUCUGAAUGUACAUAAAACAAGUGGAAGCUCUCGUUGCGUGAUGCCACAGAGUCUGUGUAUAUAGGAGGGCUCUGCAAUAGAUUACUUUUGGUUUUUGGUACUCUUGUCUUUAGGGAUCGGGGGAGGGUUAAGAGAUAUUUUCGUUUAGAGUUACAAAAAAAAUAUUUGCACACUAUAUUUUGAUUGUUUUUUGUACCAAAGACACAUGCAACGAAAUGGCGACCAGCCAGUUAAAGUAAGGUUUUGCACAGCUUACCUGACGCCGUAUUGAAUGUAAGAAAUGUGGGAGGGUCAGGGAACUUCAUAGAACUGUGAAAUUAGCUUGGGUCCAAUUCUGUACAGAAAAGGAACAUUCAUGAAUUUUUUUAAAAUCUGAAAAUCAACCCCGUCUGUGGGCUUCUCCAGUAGAUGUGUUGCUUAGCAAGCACUUCAUUCCUGAACUGAUUCCUACCCCCCACAUGCUAAUUGUUUUAAUGGCGCUUUCUAGGAUAAAACCCAAGAGCGCGAGUAGAUAAGCUAUGUUACAUUUUUGCUUGUUUGUCGAAAUGUCACCAACAAUAACCAAAAUGUUUUGUUCCUGUUGUCAUUUGUUUGAUUUCUGUAUGUAGAAGAGGUCUAGUCAUCAUCAACAGAAUAUUAACGGAAUUGUGUUUUAAAGUACUGUAUAUAGACACAUUAAUGCUAUAUCUAUCAAUGGUGAAAUGCCACUUUUCAUGACAAUUGAUUCAUUUUUAAGCAUGACACAUUUCUAAAAGCCUAUCCUUGCAUUGAGAUGUUAGAGAGAAAAAAAACACAAAAACCAAAAAAAAAAAAAAGUUCUUGUUAUAUUUUUGUACUUUAGCUGCCUGCUAGCUUUCCUGUUGGUUUGGAAGUAUUCAUUGGUAGGAGAGAAGGAGAUGUGGAGGAAAAGAGGAGACAGGUCUUAAAGAGCAGCCAGUCAAUCUGAUAGUUUGAUAUAUGAAUCGACACUUGACCUCUUCAGUCUCCUUUGCUGGCUGAGGGAAAUACAGAGAAGCAGGACUGGAUUUAUUUAAAACAUAAUGCAGUGAAGCCAUGGUCUAGUUUGAAUGGUCUAUAAAGAGAAUGAGGACAUGCUGUCUUUAGCGAGGACAGGAAAGCAAGGAACUCGGAGGACAACAGCGUGAAGAUGUGAGGACAGUUUGCAUAAGAAAGCCAAAGCCAUUUGAUUCUGGCCCAAACUGAUUUGGAUUCAGCGCUGCACAUUGUCAUUCAGAUUUCUACACGUAUUCCCUCUGUUGACCAUGAAGUUGGUUGAGUUUUGCAUUUCCUGGGAGAGGCAUUGUUCCUUUUGAGGUGGCAUUGCUGGAUUUUUAUCUGCCUGGCCUUGCCUUUAGUCCUCAGUUCACACCCUUCCUGACCGCUAAGAAUAACUUAAUUCACCAACACUCAGAGUUACAGCAUCCAGGCCACAAAUUGGCAGCAUGUCCAACCUUUAGAAAUGCAUGAUGCCUGUAUGCUUGUCUCCCUGCUGCCUACCCGGAGGAAACGCCGCCAUUCCUGGGAACUUAAAAAUUCAACCAAACGCGUCUGAUGAGGCUGAAUUCAGGUUAGCUUGAAGUGAAGAAGGCGCUCCUUCACAGAAUGAACUCUGAUGUCUGACGAUGGUGGUCUUUCUGUAUCGUGUGAUUGAAUAACAGCUAGUGCUACAUAUAUAUAUUUUUACUGAUUUCUGUUCCGUCUAAAAAGGGAGAAAUGGUGCUUUUUUCUGAAACUAGAAUGAUGAGUAUCCAUGAUUCUUAUUUGACUCCUUAGUCUAGUUGUAGCCUAAUGACUUGCUCUCCCCUACCGUCCAUAGCUAUUUUCUUAGUAGUGAUUCAUUUUUGUAAAUAGUCUAUAUAAGUUAAUAUGUAUCUUCUAAAUGUUAGAUAUAUGUAUAGAAUACUCUAUCUUAUAUGUUUGAAAACAAAAGCACUUUGUCCAAAAAAGGAAAAAAAAAAAAACACAAAAAAAGAAAAAGAAAAGCAUUUUUUUCUUCCAUUUGCUGCUAAAAGGCCUGGUGUGAAUGCUGCAAGUGUACUUGACGACUACUUGCUAGGAUAGGUCUAUUACCUGACUUGGCUAGGUCUAUAAACUAGCAGGGAUUAGGUGUAGGACCUGACGAGGGCUAGAUCUACAUGUUCCUGGAGCCAUGUAAUGAUGCGAGGUGUCGUAUGAGCGCGUAUCAUUGCUUGGUUUUUGGUGUUUUGACAGGAUAGGUCUAUUUCCUGGUCAGGAGCCGUGCGGAUAGGGUGUUUGUGGUCUUAAAAAAAAGAGGGUUUUGAUUCCAGGGCCCCUACGUUGAUCCUGAUGCUGACCCCCUUGGCGUCAUGAUUCAUUUGCCUUCAGUAGAGGUUUCCUAUGGAAAAACUGAUUCUGCUUUGGCUUCCUCUUCAGGGUGAUGUACAGUGUAGACACAUUUCUCCAGAGAGCUAUAUUGUUAUCAUUUGUAAACUGAUUUCUACUUGUGACUUAAUGAGGAGGGGGUUUAGCCUAGGGCGGCCAGGAAGAGCCCAUUUGAAAGACGUUGUUCCGGGCCGCCUUAGGGGAAGUUACUAUAUCACUGUACUGUAUGGCAAGCCAGUUACAAAUGGAGGCUCAAUCCGGACACUUAUUGCCUUUUUGAACUUUUCACUUACACACAAACAAAAAUAAUAACAUGGCAGACAUGUCAGUUGCCAAGGGGUGUGCCCGAGGUUAAUGACAUUGUUGCGCCAAUAUACAGUCAACAACAACAAAACCAUUCAGCCUGAUAGGCUCAAAACAACCUUGACUGAAGUAGCAGACGUGGUGAAAUAAGUCUGAAAAACAGCUUCAAAAAAUUUGAACUACUUGUGCUCAGUUGUAUCUUUUGGGAUAAUAUUUGAAGCAUUUUUUCGGCUACAGUUUUGCCCAGGUCUGGCAGGGGGUCAACAGUGGUUAAAGGGCUGCUGGUUGGCCGACAGUAGAGCGGAGUGUUUGUGUUUUGUAGUCGAUCACGAGGCUGAUACAAGAAAGAGUCCUCACAGGUUUUUACAUUUAACAUGAUAGGCGCAAGCUGUGCAACUUUACAUUCAAACCAGGAGACUCUGUGGCAUUUUAACAGUCAAGGAAAUGAGUGAAAAUCCACGCCAGUAAAACUAUUCCUUAUUCUUUUUAUUUCUGAUGACAUAAAUCCUAUACAGUCAACUAUUAAGCUAAUAGAGUGUGUAACUUUGUGCUACUCUUGUCCAAUAAAAGCUAAGUGGAUCCAUAAAGCUCUUCUUCAGCAAAUCAGGGUAAUAUCGUUCUUCUAUCUGACAUAUGUGAUGACAUAUAAAAUCAAAAGAAAAUAUAUUUAUGUAUUCCAAUUAUUGUCGCCAUUCUUUACUCUGUACAAAAUAUUUUGUGUGUGUGCGUGUGUGUGCGUGUUAUGAAAUAUCAAUGUCAAUCAAUAUAGUGCAAUGCUCUCUACACAAACUGAAAAAAAAGGCCAACAGACUUGUCACAAGAAUAAUCAAAGUUUCUCCGCUUUCUCUAGAUCGGUAUUCUAACAUACACAACCUGCAACAUUUUCCUCUCACAAAGGAUUUGACUCUGAUUUCCUGCCGUGAUCCAACUGGGGUUUGUCACUUGGUGCUGAUUACUUUUCGUUAUCCAAGAAGUCAUCCAAGAAUUUAAAUAGCAUCUGUAUUUAGAUCCACUCACAAAUAACAUGUGAUUAUUGUUCCCAAUAACUGUCAUCAGACCGGACUUCCCCUCUCGAUCAUUUUCAUUGAUUCUAACUGUCCCUGUUGGACCAAUCAGAGGAAGAUUCACACUGAUUCUUACUCUGAACAACAGAAUGAUGAUUUCUGUAUUACUGAGCUGUAUGAUCGCUGUUGUUAAGCAUACCAUUAUUUGUUGUGUAAAAGUCAGACUCUGGGAUUUAACACCACUGCACAAACUAUCCCAUCUGUUAGGUACAAAAUAUUGACCAGAACUGCGAAAUUAAUGCACAUAUUCUGGUGCAUUAGGACGUUGUUUUGUUAAUUUAAAUAGCAAGUGGAAUUUCCUUUAAUUGUUAAAAUAUUGGUAUAAAUCCAACUUGUGUAAUAUUUGGUAACACUUUAUUAUUGUUUCUGAAAUGUUGGAAUAUUUUCAAAGAAGUUUCAUGGAAGGAGCUAUUUAUUUGUUUGUAGGGAAAAUAAUUGAUUCACUUAAAGUGCAAAGCAGGAAGGCUUUAACAUAUAUGGAAGACACUGUAUGAGUGAAUACUUAACUUGGCUUUAAAGCUGCCCUAAGCAAUAUUUAUAUAUUUAAAAAAAUGAUUUAUUUACUUCAUGUAAAGUGACAGGUUGUUGCCUGGAGUAAUCAACCCACAGAGAACUGAAUAGAUUCUGCAGCUCUGCUCAUCUCAAUUGAGCAUUUUAGCAUCUUUCAGCUUUUUGUUUUGGUUUUCAGGCCUGAAACUUUACUGGUUUUCACAGACAGACACAGUUAGCAGUUAGCUGGUGAACACAGCCUCAUGCCCAAUAACAGCAGCAGAUUUAAAGCCAAUUUGACAUAGUCAAAUUGUUUCUGAAAACUACGAAUACAUUACAUUUGUACAUUAUUUUGUAACAGAUACACUGAAACUUUGUUUGUCACAACGCGGUGGGUGGUGAAGGUUUGGUUAGGUUAAGGCACAAAAACAACUUGGUUAUGGUUAGGAAAAGAUCAUGUUUUGGCUUAAAACACCCAUGUUUAGUGGCAAAAAAGCUGCUGGAAAAACAAGUCCGUAAAAAACACCCAGGAUCAGUGCCACACACUGUUGGACAUGCAGCAGGUGUUUGUUGGAUUCAAACAGUCGUCCAUCAUCCCCGCAACAUCCCAGUGACAAAGUCAGCUUAGAUACUUCGUCACUGUAGAAACACUGAUAUGAUUCAUAUGAAAUGUGAAAAUAUAACAUACAGUUGUGCUUUACAGUAACAUACAAUGCAAACAUUUUCUUCUGGCGGUUUGGCUUUGCCAUGGUGCCCUAAAAGACUUUAUCGCAAUGACUGACAAAUUUUUUAACCAGAAGUCAAACUUUUUUGGCUUCAUGUGCCACUGAGCAGUUUACGUAGGAAUGGACGGUGCCCUGCUUCCAAUGCUGUAUCCCGUUCUCUUUAUACAUCCAUGGCAUGUCCUCAGACCAUUCGCCAUUUUCUGCUUUAUCGCUUCAGCUUUGAUUUGCUUGAAAUGGAUAUGCCAUCAGGUUACUCUUAGAUCACCAUGAUAAAAGCACUGCUUAAGUGAAUGAUAUUCACUUAGGCACCCCAGGACACAGGGAAGCAUUUAGCUGAGUUGGUAGAUACCUAAAGCAGAUCUUAAAGAGACUAAAUAUUGGACUUAAGUUCACCACAUGGCCAGAAACAGGACUCCAAAUGAAUGAUGCUAUUUGCUAACACGUUCACCACAACUUUAUAAGGGAAAAACACCAAAUAGCUGUUUCGAGGAAACUUCUCAGUAUGUUAUUAUGAAAUUACAGAUCUUAAAGAUGAAUGUUGCCAAAUAUUCUUUCCUAAAUAAAUGGGGUUUGUCAAAGAAAAACUACAAAUGACCUCACCUCCUGCUGGUUGUGAUGUCAGAUCUCAGAGUCUGGUUUUGAGUUUCUUUCGGGGCAUUUCAAAUGUUUCCUGUCUUGUUUGGACCCAUGUGGGCUGCCCUCGUUGCUUGUAAAAACACCUCAUCUUCAGAGGCUGUAUGCUUACGACCCUCCACAUUUUUCCCUGUGUAAAGUAGAUGCAUACAGAAAUGUACUCUGUGACAUAAAGAAAUGCUGUGGGAAUGAUGUUUCUGCAUGCCGAUUUCCCGCGUAGCACUGAGAGAAUCAAGUGACGUCUGGAGUUCUUCGCAGAUUGGGAAAUAAUUUGGCCAAUCAACGGUCUCCAUCAUCACAAAGUUCACUCACUGCACUGUCAGUCGAAUGAUUUCAUACUUGCUGCUAUUGAAUGAGCACAAAGAGACUUAAGUUUUUGAUUUCGAGUGUCCAUGACACAAUUACCGUUUAUUAUUACCACACACCCCGUUUUUUGUUUUCAACACCUUUUUUCCUACGACAGUCAAAAGACCAACAGUGUUACUCACCAUGCACUUGGUUUUUGAAUAUGAUGCCUGCUGAACCAGGUGCCUUAAUCAAAUAUAUGAGAACACAAAUCUGCACCUUUUGUCAGUCUGGAGGGGGUUUCCCUACAGAAACAAGGGGCUGGGUUUCCCAAAACCUAAACUUGAAGUACAAAAAGCAAAUGAACCUCAUUUUAAAACCUGAAUCAAAACAUUUUGUAUCCGCCUUUAACAGCAGAUGAGAGCUGUUUCACCCUGCAAAGGAUUUCCCCGUCGAAGUAUUACUAGAGAAGAGCAUAAAUGAGAACUUAUAAACUAAAUUGCAGUUGUUUUGGGAAACCUGGUUCUGUUUUGAACUCUUUCUCUGCCCACUACGCCAUGUUAUUGUGUUUUCUGUAUUGGCUGCUGCUGCUAUCACCGCUGGUGUGUCCGUGUAGAGAAGAGCAAACUUCCACUGUGUCUAAGGCAGAGGGAGACUUGGGCCUGCGUUUUACCUAGUCAAUUACAAUGCAUCCUUCUUCUUCUUCUUCUUCUGUGGUUUUGACAUGGAGCACUGUGUUGCUGCCUCUAGAGACCUUUUUCGAGAAAAACAAAAGAAAAAAAGCAUAAAACAGAACUUUCCGUUUCUUAACUUUGCUAUUAUGAAGUGCCAGACCCUCCUUGAAGUCAGUGUGUUGGCACUGAGUCACAGGUUGCGAAUGAAGCGACAAACUGAGCAUGGAGGUAAACUGUGGUGCUAAUCUGUCAGUGGCUGGGUGCUAACAUGGCUGUGUUAAAAAGCUGUAUUAGCCAUAUUAUUCCUUCUGUUGAUGACUCUGGUCAGUCUUGUGUUUCUGACUGCUGCACUGCUGUAUGCUGACAUAGCGAGGUAUAACUCUGCUGCUGCUGCUUUGCUGAUGAAUGUAGACUAGUCUUCCUCAGCAGGAUCAUACAGACAGACGUGAGUGUCUGGUGGAGCUUUUUUCCUGUUGUGCUAUUUCCUGUUAGACAUUUUGUUCGGAACACAGAGGGAGACUCUUGUCGUCAGGAUCCAGAAAAGAUCAUGAAUGUUGUAUCUUUAUAUGGCCGUUGUCCUGCUUGUAUGUUUAAACCUUUUUUUAUUAAUUAAUAUUAUGGUUUGAUAUUUAUGCUCUGACUCUGUCAAAUGUUUGCACGUUUGAAUUUUUAUUCCCUAAAUUAUAUUUUAUUGCCUUUUUUCCCUGAUCCAAGUGUUCAUACCAUUUCUUUGAUAUUUAUUUGUUUUGUCCUGUAAAUUAACAUGUGAGGAGACAAUUUGUUGAAUCAAGACUUUUUACUAGCUUUUCCACAGAAGCAGGCUUCAUUAGGAGUCACAUGAGGUUCACAGACAUGAAUCAAAGUCACAAUGAAAACGGAAACUAUCUGGCAAUUAGUACGUAAUAAUUACAACAUAUGUUUUCUUGUAUUUUUACGUAGAAAUCUUAUUACAUGUGCUCAUGAUUUAUCGUUAAUAUGACCUCAUCAUACGCUACAAAUUUAAUUUAUAGAGGAGAUGCAAUUAAUUAAGUAAUGUUAAAAUUACAUGGCAGAGAAUGCGUCAUCAGAUUAUUAAACUACUUAAACAACAAUAGAAAGACAAAUUAGUGAAAGACAUAAAUCAGGUUAAAAAUUGAUUUACAAAAAACUACAUAGACAGAUACAUGAAUGCAGCAAUUAUCGCACCUAACAGAGCAGCACUUUUAAAUUUCGUUGUAUUGUUCUCAAUAUAAUGACAAUAAAGGCACUUUGACUUUUUGGACUUUUUUUUGACAGCAAGAUGAAUACUUAAAGGAGAUCAAAUUUACUAAUUGUUGGCAGAUGAGAAGGUUGUUGCCACUUGUGUCUGUACAGUGAAUAUAAAUCUACAGCAAGCAUCUUAGCUUAGUUUAGAUUAGCACAAGACUGGUUUGUGUAGACGCACUUUCACCGGAGUUUUAAAUGAGCAAAACAUUUUUUUUCUAUAAACAAAACUUACAAUAUGUCAUCGGAAUAACUUGAAAAGUGAAAUUACAUAAAAAUACCACACAUGAUGGCUUGUUUCUGUGUUCUUGUCUUCCUGUCCUUGCUAACCUAUUACUUUAUACUUUCUCUGCACUAUGUUCUGCCCUAAUAUCACUUAAAGGAAACAAGAACUGCAGUUUCAUUAUGACUUUGAGUAAUAGUUGUCUGUGAAGCCCAUGCAGCGUUUUGACAUUGGAGGUUUGAGGCGUGUAGCACCAAACAGAGUUAUAAUUUUCCGAAAAUGUGAUAAAGCCUGAAAAUGAAACAAAAUUUGCACUCAACUUCAUCGAAAGUAUGAUAGAAUCCAAUAAUGCAAUAACGUCACCAGUAAUGUCAUAAAAUGUCUGGAUUGAUAUUGUAAUAACAUUUGUACUGAUAAUGUAAUACCAUAAUACAUUAUUGGGAAUUUAACUAUAAUUUUUCAAAUCAGCCUUAUUGUCUUGAUGGCCCCUCUGGAGUUGCGGCAUUUUUUUUUCGCACAUGCCAAAACAAUUAGCCUGUGCUCUCACAGAUAUUUGAAAGCACCAUUUGCAACACAAAGUGAUGCUAAUUUCGCCUUAUUAGGAAGUCAUUCACCACGUGUGUAAAAAGUACCCAGACAUUAUACUUAAGUCAAAGUAGUGGUUCUCAAACUUUUUUGUCAGGCCCCUCUUUGAAAUUAGAAAAAUCAAUCCAACUUUUUUUUUAAAAAAUCUAAUUUCAAAUUUAAAUUGAAACCCCUUUUGAAUGGAGAGAUUUCCACAAAUCAGAUGAGGCAAAGGAGUCACUCAGUCACUGUUGACUCAGAACAUUUUGUGGAGAUUGAAUUGACUUCAUAGCUCGCUUGUGUUAUAUUAGCCAUCUUCUGCAGCUUUUGUCACCUGAAAUCGACAUCAAAGAACUAGCAAUGACAAGGCUGACCAUUGCUUCGCCUUACAUCGCCUGUGCCUCGGCCAAUAAGUUGCACUUGAACACACCGCAAAGACUGCAGCCAGUUGAGACUAGCACUUAUGUUCUACGCCUGUGUGAAAGGAAAUAACCUUUUAUACCAGCAGGUGGCAGUAGUCUGUAUUCGUCAUUCAAAAAAGGAAACUGAUAAGACUGACAGGACAGAUUAAAGACAUUAGUUAGCCAGUUAGUACAUGAACAACACAACCCGAUGUUGAAAGAACCAAAUUCUGAGCUGAACUGCCGAUUUUAUUCACCGACGGGCUCCGCCAUCUCUUUCUCCGAUUUAAAAUGCUGAAUCAGCUGAAAAUAGCUGACGAAGGCCGUCUAAUGCCAACUGUGCAGGACACACCGCUAAAACUAGGGCGGCAUACACUCACUGACAACCCAACAUUGACCAACGACCGACUGUUGGUUUGCUGAAAAACAAAAAAGACCCACAUCAAAGUAAAAAUGUCAUAAUAAUAUCAGUCAGGAUUUUUAUUCAAUUAUUGGUCAAGUUAUUACAUUGUUGGAUUUUAUUAUAUUUUCAUUGAGGUUAAGUGCAAAUCUUACUACAUUUUCAGGCGUUGCUACAUUUUCAGGAAAUUCUAAUACUAUUGGUGCCAAGGCAGUUAGGACUCAUCGAGUCAGCAAUGCUAACCUCUCCUUGACACAGCUCCUCUUUUGUCAUGACUCUGGACCGAGGUCCGGGUGCUCCACAGCCUUGGAGCUCAGGUUAGGAGUCGGCUCGCCUGCUCUCUCUAACUUUGGUGGGGAAAUUUGAACAUUUGAUUAGUUUUCUGGGAAAACUUCACCACUGCACCAGAGAUGUUCCGCCCCCUUCUGGGUGCUUUUCUUUUUUCAGAAGGGCUUUGGUUCGCAGUUGUCUUGUCAGGGAGCUCCUGAGAUUAGCCAGGGGCCACUAAAGGCUGGUGGGCAGAGACCCCUCACCCUCCCCUGCAAUGAAUGAUCGGGGGUAGGGAGUCAUUUCCUCUUCUGCAGACUGAUCUUAUUAAAGCAAACAACCCACCCUCGAUAAUAAAAAAAAAAAACAAAAAACCCGUUUCCAUAUCUACACACGUCAUCAUCCAACACUGCAGUGAUUUACAUCUCCUUCCAGAUUUGCCAAAAUGCAUGGCGCGAGAGACAUUUAACAAACAGAAAAUGUUUAUAAUGAAGCAUAAGUUCUGUUUCUUUUAUUUUUCAAUUUUGAUAAUAAAGACAGACAGUAAGACGAUUUCAUAGGAAAUCCAUACAAGUCCAAACAUGUAGAGGAUGUGGGAAGUAUCGGUCACCCUGAGCUCCACAGCUACAUGCCAUUGUUAUGAUGCUUCUGGUCUUGUAUGGUAACUUAUUUGACUAGAUCAACAGCAUGGGAUCUUUCUGUAGUUAGUCCUGUGUGUGUUCCUCUCCCCAGUCUCAGUAGGAAGGCUGUACUUCAUUGCUAAGUGCACUAUAAUAGAUCUCUUGGUGAUUAUAAUUUCAUAAAGAAGCAAAACCUGCAGAAAGUGUAUCCUGCUGAAACUAACUUGAUCCUCUCUUUAGCAAUGACGUCUAUAUUUGUAGUUCACAUAUAUGCCUGUUCGAAUACAAUAUCUUGACAAUUGUUAUAUUUAUGUUGUGUAAUAAAUGUCGUGCUGGGUUUUUACUUUUGUUUUAUCUAACGUUUUGUUUUUCAUUGUAUUUUCUUUUCUUUGGAGGCACAGUGGGUGGCUUUAUGCACAGGAAUGGAAAUUUAAAAGAUGUUUUUUUUGUUUUGUUUGUUUGGUUUGUACUGUAACGACUCAUUCUGGUUCAGAGCUUCUGACAGUUUUCGUCUCUGGCUGCUCGACAUCCUGCGGACACCUGCCCCGAAUCUCUGUUGUGUUAUUGUGCCUCUCUCUUUUUCUUUUUCUUUCUUAUUUUUUAAAUCAUUCUUUCUCUGUUGUAUCAGCCGGGAGUUGGUACCACAGCUCUGCUUGUAACCACAAUAGAUUAUGUUUAUUGAUUUUAAUAUCAAAAUAAUAAAACCAUUAGCACCCCA